AUGAUUUAUUUUCUUUUGCUUUUUUAAUCAGCAUUAGGUACAAUAAUAAACUUUUCACAAUGGAUGGCAUUAGCUGAUGGAUCCUUUAGUUGUUCAAAUGGAAUUCAAAAGACAAAAAUAGUUUCAUUUCCAGAUUCUUUUGAUACUAUCCCAUAAGUUUUUAUUAUAGUCACAAAAUUGGAUUAUUAUUCUUCGUCUGAAUUUAAGAUAAGAAUAGAGAGUAUCACCACAACAGGUAAAAAUAAAAAAUAAGUAUUAAUUUAGGUUUUACUAUAAAAUAUGAAUGUAUAGGAGAAAGAAUUUGGUCACUUUAUGUAAAUGUUUUUGCUUUUAGUGAAAAAAGAUUAUAAGUAUUCAACAAUUUUAAUAUGGAAAAUCCGACAGAUGUCAUAUUUACAAAAAGUGACUCAAAUUAAGUUAAUGCUUAUAUAUCAAUUCUUAGUUUAGGAAUGACUGGACCUCUUGAUUUUAAUUUACAGGUUUAAUCAUAUACUAAUUGUAGAUAAUUGAUUUAAACCCUUAUGAAUUUAAAGUAGCUCUUGUAUAGGAUCCUGCAAGAGCUGCAAACCUUAAACAAAUUGGAUAUUAAGUAAUUGUUGGAACUGAAGAAUCACUAAAACUUUAUUAAAAAUAUACAUGUACAUCUACUUGUACUUCUGCAAUGAACACUAAAUCAACAUACCUUUAGUACUUGUUUGCUUUACAAGGAUUCCGUUAUGAAUACACAGACAGCAUAAGAUUAGAAUUUUCAUAUUUAACAUCAGGAUAAAAUGAGUAUUAUAGAUUAUAGUAAAGUAUUUAUUUUGUUAUAUCUAAGUCUCUGGGUUAUAUACUUAGAAUAUUAAUUAACCAGGUCAUUAUAAAUUUGAUGGUUUUACAACAUAACCUUCUGAAUAUUCUUGCUUUACUUUAAGAAUUAGCAGAAAAGAGAUUCUUAAUCUUGAUUAAUAAUCAUAAAUCUUAAUAAACAUAAUUGAUAUGAAUAAAUCAUUUAAUGCUUUAGGAACUUUUAUCUAAGAUAUUAAUAAAUAGAUUAGUCCACUUUAAAUCUUAUUUUAAUUUAAAUGUAUUCAAGGAAAAAAAAUUAAAGCUUAAUUUAAUAAAUGUUCUACAUGCGUUGGUCUUAGCAAAAGUUAUAAUCAAAAUUAAGUUUGCUAUAACAACAAACAAAUUAUUUCAUUCUAUCCAAAAUAUAAUACAGAUGCUUUUUACAAAGGUAAUUUAAGAAUAUUAAUUGAAAAUUCAAAAAUUACAAUCACAUAACUAUUAUAUGAUCGUCAAGUAGUUAUCGCUAUGAUAGAAUAUUUAGAUUAAUGA